AUGCUCGUUCAGGCAGCCAUUCUGCACAAGGAACCAAAGACGCCCGAAGCAAAAGCCAUGGCUCGCUUCAGCCGUCCCUCGACACCUCGGACGGAUAAUUCUUUGCAUUUUUCGCGACCCACAACAUGUUUCUCUUCUGAUGGAAUCCGUUCACAGUCUGUGAUGUCGCAAGACUCGCCUGGAGCCCAGUACAUUCCUCCCGAAAGCCCUCUGACACUUUGUGAUGCCAAACAUACUGGGUAUAGUCAUUCAGUUGCCAAAACGAUCUCUUCUCUCCCAGUAGAGUCUCCUAUGCAUCAACUUGCAAAGGAGCUUCAAGACAUGGAUAUCUUCGAGCAAGAUCCAAUCGACGACACGGAACAAUCAGAACUCAGCGUCAUUCCUCAAGGACUAUUUCAAAGCCCACCUCGCCGGAGCGAAACCCCUGAUCCCAAGCUCCAGAAGAAAGCUCGAAACCUUUUGAUUGAAACGUUGAAAAAGCCUGGUCAAUCUCACCAGUCCCUGCGAUCUCCCAUUCGACUUCCUGAAGACAGAUACUAUUUUCCUUGUGCACGCCUGGAAACUCCUUUUGCCGACAAGAACGAAGACAAUUUCUACGGAUCCACGUUGACUCCCUCUUCUUCUCCCAAGUCCGCUUUGCUCCCGACAAAGUAA